AUGAUACUUUCAAGGCUCUUUAGCUCAAUAAUAAAGAACAAAGUUGAAGUGGUAUACGCAGGAAAGUGACUAAACUACCAUCAAAUGACAUUCACAGAUUCCACAGGGAAUCUAAAGAAAUGGGAAUAUGUCUCAAGAUCAACAAAAAGAGCAGAGACUGAUGGGGUUUCAAUAUUGGCAACUAUUAGGCUUAAUGGAAGCUUGCAUUUAAUAGCAAAUGCUAUUUUUAGGUAUCCUGUAUCCAAAUAUGUCCUUGAAUUUCCUGCAGGACUCAUUGACAAAGAAGACUCAGAUUGCAUUAAUUCAGCUCUGCGAGAGCUAAAAGAGGAAACUGGCUACACAGCAAGAAGAGAAGAUGUAACUGAAAUUGGAGAAGUGUCAUACAAUGACCCAUGGAAAAGUGAUGAAUGCACUAAAAUUGUCAAGAUUACUAUAAACCCUGAUUUAGAAGAAAAUAAAAAUCCAAUUCAGGAACUAGAGCCUUCUGAACAAAUAAGCGUAGAAUUGAUCCCCGUAAACGAUAUGCUCAAGCACAUGCUGGAGCUCUGCAAACAAAAAGACUACUUGCUUGAUGCAAGACUUUAUUCACUUGCACAAGGACUUGAAUUGUCUAAACUAAUUUAA